GACGAUGAAGUACGGUAAAAUAAGAUAUCUAAGAAUCAAUGAGGGCGUCAUUGAGCGGGGACAUGUUGUUGGUUGCAGACAAUAAAUCAUACGAAGUUCCUGAAUUGUAUCAGAGGUGUAAUGAUGAGAAGGAGAUGAUUCCAGAGGCUCGUGCUGGAGAAAUAGUUACCGUAUAUGAACCCUGCAUCGAUAAUGACUCCAAUAGUUUAUAUUCUUUAGCGGGAGAUGCAUUUAUUGAUGGAUUAACAAGAUAUACAAUUCUCGGGAUUGUAAGAUAUUCAACAACUUCUCCUAAGGUUAAUGAGUCGUGGGAAGAUAUCAAGCCGUCGGGUCGAACAAGUUUAAAGGAACUGAUGUCGGGAGGCAUUAACGAUGUAAUAUUUUUAUUCAUGUUGCUUUUACAUGGAGAUUAUGUGACAUUAGCGCAGGAAAGUCACGUGAUAUUCAAACAUUAUGAGCCAUUGGAUCAAUCACUUUAA